UGUUGUCAACGGAAGUAGAUUGAGUGAUAGUCGGUCUCCGUUGAUCGAGUGCACCUUACAAGCCACAUUUAGGGGCGCUGCACUUGCCAGAGGUUCAGGGAUUUCUUCAGCUCUCCACCUUUUGCUUUAGGACGGGCUUCCAGCCAUGUCUGCUGUGGUGGAUCUAAAGACUAAGGAGGAGAAAGACGCAGAGCUGGACAAAAGAAUUGAAGCUCUACGGAAGAAGAAUGAGGCUUUGGUCAAGAGAUAUCAGGAAAUACAGGAAGAUAAGAAAAAGGCUGAACAGGAGGGCAUCGCUGUGACAACAACUCGCAAACCCCGCCCUCAUGAGCCUGAGUCUGAACGGAGAAAGACGGAAACGGAAAACGUCACAGUGACAGUUGACUUGUCCAAACCUGUUGGGGAAAAGCGUGGGGUGAAUGACAGGAAACCAGCUGCUCAUCGUGGUGACCAGGGCCCAGAAGAAGAAGAGUCUGGUCGGCCUCAUGGUGAGAGUCCCCCGCACAGAACCGGAUCGGGUCGGCUGAGCAGAGGUGGCCACCACAGUGGAAGAAGAGAGCCUCGUUCAAACAAAGGCGAACCAUGGUCGGAAAGGCAACCUCAGGAUGGUGAAGGUGGAGAGGGUCCAGCUCGAAGUGAACGCUCCUCUAGAGGAGGGCAGAGAGGAGGAAGAGGUGGAGGUGGAACUCAAGGAGGAUCAGGCUCGGACAGGAAAUCAAAGGAGUGGGAGGAAAAAAGAAGACAGAACAUAGAGAAGAUGAAUGAAGAGAUGGAAAAGAUUGCUGAAUAUGAGAGAGGUCAAAGGGCUGAUGGAGAGAAGAACCCCAUCAGAAACUUCCUUGAUGACCCACGGCGUAGUGGGCCGAUACCAGAAACUGACCGCAAGGAGGGAAGCCGGCGACAUGUGCGCAAUUGGGGUGGUGUUGACUUUGACAGUGUGAAGACUGGUGCAGAGGUUGAGAAAGAAUGGACGAAUCGUAGGCCAAGUGGUAAAGGGUCAGUGGAUAUGACUCUGUCCAUGACUGGUCGAGAAAGAGCCGAGUAUCUCCGCUGGAAAAAGGAGCGAGAGCAGAUUGACGAAGAACGACUGGCUCGUCACCGUAACGCCACUGGCCAGUGGAGACGAGAGUGGGAUGCCCAGAAAACGGAUACAAUGUUCAAGGAGGACUCAGCUGUGUCUGGAGAGGGCACACAAGAACAAAGCAACAGGAGAGCAGCUAGGGGGCGCAAUGCCCAUGUACAGCAACGCAGUGGACCUUCAGAAGACAGCAAGCCGCCUAAGGCACCAACCUUUGGGGACUUCUUGGGACAGGGCAAACCCAGACAGGGAGGCCGUGGGCGAGGGAAGGGUCACGGUCAAGGCAAAAGCUACAGCAUGCAUGAUAAUCGGUGGGAAGGAGAAAAUGAAGAGGAGAAAGGAAGAAAGGAGGAGCAAGAGAAGGAGAAAGAUGAAGAGAAGGUCAAAGAGAAGGAAGACGAGAACAAGGAUGACACCCUCAAGGCUCCGUUGUCAGACAAGAAAACUGAUGGAGGCCUUGCUGAAGAGGAUGAUGAUGAGUGGGAGGAUGCUAGCGAUGGUGAAGAGGAAGAUGUGGAAGAGGAUGAAAAAGCAGUUCACGAGGAAGACUCAAAAGAUGCUAAACCAACAGAAAAGACCCCUACCUCUCCUGCACCCUCUACUCCCAGCCCAAAAGAACAACGCACCCCAAGACCCAAAGUCUACAUCCCUUCCCCACAGGAGACGCUCAGUACACCAGAGGGACCUAAACCCCUCAGCCCUUUCUCCCCACUGGACGGCCACCAGCCAGUAUCAGACUGGGGUGAAGAAAUGGAGAUGCUUUCUCCUAAGAUCAGUCUGGCCGAGAGCCCUCUGAGGCCCAGCAGCACUGAAAGCAGUCCAGCUCAACCCAAGAGCAACCCGGCUGAACAUAACAUGACGACCACCCCCAGCCAGCCAGAAGAACCAGAAAGCAAAGAAAGUACAUCUACAGUGGUGGAGUCCGCUUCCUGUGAAACGCCAAAGGAGCCUGUACCAGCUGAAUCUGCCGACACAACCACCUCGAGCAGCCAUGGCACAGCAGAUCCCGUACUGCCGCCCACCCCAGACAGCGCCAACCAGAGCAAGGAAAGCAACGACCCUAUUGUAGAGCCGGAUCAGAGUCGGCCUGAAACGAAGGUUGUGGAGGAUAUGGCAGUGGAUUCUUCAGAUCAACCAUCCUCAGGCUGAGGACUAAAUGCAGGUGAACUCGGUGCUUCACAAACUGGAAUAGGAGGUAAGCGGAGGAAAGAGAAGACAUCAGGUGUAAUGGACGACUGUUGACUGUAAAUUAAAAGGGGUUGAGGGGGCAUCUUUGGAUCCCUGUCUGCUUCAUCCAAACAACUCGCUGUAUUGUUUAAUUAUUCCUCAUUGGUUGGGACUCUAUGCUGUUGUCGAGCUAAGCUGCUGUUCUUCUCUUACGUUUACCCUGGGAUUAAUCUGUAAAGCAUGUUAUACUCAAACCAUAAGAAUAUUUUAUUAUGAUGGAGCGGUGGAAGUGUCUGUUCCCCACAGUUGUUUAAACCACCCUAGACCACAAGGGCACUAAAUUUUUGACACAACAGCAUUCAGAUAUAUGAUAUCUUGAGCUCAAAUUUAGCUUUGAAGGUCAAUAAGGAACAUAUAAAGAUGUAUUUAUUUCUAAGACUGGCAUGCUUCACUUUUUGCAAUUCCUUUGUAAACUAGGGCAUUACUUUUUUUUCCUUUUUUUUUUUUUUUAAAUCAGGGCUACUUUUGAAACUACAUUUUAAUAUUAUAUUCAUGAAGAUGAGCUGAGGAUUUUAAGUUUGCUAUAAAUGAUUGGUGCCCUAGACAUUAUGUGCUCACUGACCAAAGAUAAAAUCAUGGUAAAUUGUAAAGAGUUUGAAUGAGGAAAACUAGACAAUUGGGGCAGCAGUGAUUGCGUACCUCAUUGCUAUCAAAUCUAAUAUUGGUUUAUUGACCAUUUUUUAAUGUUUUGUUCAUGCAUCAUGUUUGUUUAGUAAUCAUAUGCAUUUAUCGAAGGUGUAUUUGUGUGUGUUGCUGAAUUUGAAUGAAUUGAGCAGGAGCUUGAAAACUUGCAAUAUGUAUGUGUCUUUUAGACUGACAGACAUUCCAAUGCUUUGGUGUGAGUGCUUGCUCUCUCUUCACAUGUGCAUUGUUCUAUAUCCCUGUUUUUCAAUUGAGCUCACGGAGCAGAAAGAAUCAUGACAUUUGUGAUUGUAUCGUACCCACUGCAUCUCCCUGCAGAUGAAAUGUCUUCCUGUUUGGGUAGAAAAUGUAUAUAUAAUUUGGUUUGCCUCUUGUAGGAGGUUUGGUUUGGCUUUUCAGAAGUACACGUAGCAUGAUACUGAAGUGUUUGUAGGAUUUUCCUCAAAAGUUUUCUUCUAAGACUAAAUGCAAUUCUUUUUUCUUUUCUUUUUUUUUUUUUUUAAGCUUACUGGAGAUAUUUCCUGGUUGCUUUUAUCACCGUAUUAUGAUGUGUGAACAGUAAGCAAGCAGUGCAUCAGUUUCUGUACUUUGUAAGC